UGAUGAGGAUGAAUAUUUUGAAACACUCCACUGCUCAAAUGCACAUAUUUUAAAAUAACCUAUAGAUUAUGGGAAACUUGUUUAUGUACUAAAAUAUUUUGACAGAAUCCAAAAUCCUGUUGAAAGCCAGUCGUCAUUCCAAUGGUACCAAAAAAGAUUAUGUACCAGGCGACCAUCGCUAUUGUAUUAUACUGUUCCCUCUACAUAUUCUUCUUGCUGAAACCAUUUUACCAACAUCAUAGAAAUGCAUUUAAUACAUUUACAUUAUCAAGAGGAGCAGUUCAUCUUGAGCAUAGAGAUGACAAACAAGUUAUUCCAAAGAAAAAACCUCUUCUUACUAUUUUUACAACAUGGAUUUCGGACAAGAAAAAACAUAUUUGCCGAAAUAAUACUGUUCAAAACUGGAAUCUUUUGCAGAAAAAUGUUGUUAGAAUCUUAUUUACUAAUGAGUCUGAUUUGAACUUGAGAGUGAAGUCGAUGGGUUGGAAGGUUCUACCAGUUAAAAAAGUAGCAAGCGUUACUAAGGUACCGGUGCUAAAAGAUCUGUUUUACUCAAGUUUCAAGGCUGAAGAUUCUACAUUUUAUGCAUAUGCUAACGGUGAUAUUCUGUUUACAGAUGACCUCAUAAAAACAUUGGAAACCUUUUUGGAAUCGAAUCUGAGCAAUUCGGAAGAUGUGUUGCUGAUAGGUAGACGUACAGACGUACGGAAUGUUACGCUCGAAGAAGCAACAAAUCACGUGACCCUGAAACUUGCAGCUUAUAACAGAGGAUCUUUACAUACGCCAUAUGGUAUUGACUUCCUCAUAAUAAAAAAGUCAUAUCCACUUUUUGACUUUCCUGACCUGGUUAUAGGGAGACCUUAUGUAGAUUCAUUUAUUGUGUUGGAAGCAGUUAAUCGUGUACCUGGUCACGUGAUUGACAUUACUGUGACCUCAUUGGCUGUACAUCAGGUCACAUUACCUGGAAAGGAAGGGGUCGACGAAGGUAGUACGCAUCCGGAUAAAAAUUACAAUUAUGAUUUAUUGAAGUCCAGGAAACCGAAUUACUCAAGAGGAAAUACAAAUUGUGCUCACUAUUAUACUAAUCAUACUUUGUUGAACAACAAAAUAGCAAUUACAAUUGAAAAAAGGAGGCAUCUUAUAGACAAGAGAUGUGUACCAUUAAUAGGUGACAUUUUGAAAGGAGCAAGUGUUUUGCGAGGAUUAAAAAUGUUUACAAACUAUAUACAUUUUAUUAUUUAA